AUGCCUCUAUCAUCACAAGCUGUCGACGAGAUCAAAACUAUAGUAGAAAAUGCCGUGACCUCAGACCCCCAAAAGAUCCCCGGAACGACCGUGGUCGUCGUCGACCGCACCGGCGCCGAGCAGUUCGCCCACUCCGCAGGACAAAGAGGCAUAUCGUCCAACGAGCCAAUGACUCUGGAAAACGUGUACUGGAUGGCCUCGUGCACCAAGAUGGUCGUCGGCAUCGCGUGCAUGCAGUUGGUGGAGAAGGGCGCUCUCAGGCUGGACGACUCGGCUCACCUGGAGAAGCUGUGCCCCGAGCUGGCCGAGAUCAAGGUGCUCGACGCCCAAGGGAAGCUCGUGGACAAGAAGCGGGGGAUAACGCUGCGCAUGCUGCUGACGCAUACCGCCGGGUUCGGAUACACAUUCUUCAACGAGAGACUACGCGAUUGGAGUCUCCCAGCCGGCAUUGACGAGUUCUCGGGGAGCAUACGGGACAUGAUGCAGCCGCUCUUGUUCCAACCAGGGGAAGGCUGGGAGUAUGGCGUCGGUAUCGACUGGGCUGGCAUCGCUCUUGAGCGUGUCACCAACACCAGCCUCAACGAGUACAUCCAGGCCAACAUCUGCCAGCCACUAGGGCUCCGGAAUGUCAACAUGAUCCCGACACCUUCGAUGAAGGCACAGCUCGCUUAUAUGCACCACAAAAGGCCUGACGGCAAGCUAGUUACCAGAGACCACCUCCUUCACCGGCCACUCGUCGUCCAGUCGGAAGAAGAGGUCCGCGGGUGUUUCAACAGCGGCGGCGCCGGCAUCUUUGCCAAGCCGCAAGAAUACAGUCCUGAGACGGAGACGUUGGCAGGUAUACUCGCAGUCUUCCUCAACGACGGGACCUGCCCGGUCACGAAGGCGCAACUCUUGAAAAAGGAGACGGUGGACGAGAUGUUCAGGAACCAGAUCCCCCAGCUCCCAGACUUCGCCAAACAGGGCGUCCAGGACGCCAAGCCGGAGCUGGCCACGGCGGUCCCGGAGCUCUACUCGGUCCCGGAGGGCACGCCGCAGGGGUGGGGGCUGACGUUCAUGAUCACCGGCGGGACGACGGGGCGGUCAGACGGCACGGCAUGGUGGACGGGGCUGCCGAACCUGUUCUGGUGGUGCGAUCGAGAGAACGGCGUGGCCGGCAUCGUGUGCUCUCAGAUCCUGCCCUUUGGCGAUCCGGCGGUGAUGGGGUUGUGGUCCCAGGUCGAGACGGCCGUCUACAAGGGGCUCGGAAUCUCGAGUAAGGCUUGA